AUGUCUUCAGGAAACUUCACUUUUCACAUCGACCCCGUACGGGCCGCCGAAAGCAACGCCACUGUUUUUACCGCUGUUGUUUGCGUGUUUUGGGGUCUGGCGUUUGUUACAGCGGUAGUUCGGUUCUAUACCCGCGCCGUCCUGUCGCGUUCCUUCGGCAAGGAUGAUGUGUUUAUGGUCUUGGCUGUGUUAUGCGGGAUAGGGGGACUUGCCUCGUGGAUUGUGGCAUGCAAAAACGGCUACGGAAGACACAUCGACACCAUAUACCCUAAAGAGUUCCUGACGCUACUCGAGGCCCAGUUCUACCAAUCCGUCGUUGAGGCUUCUUUUGCCUUUGGGUUCCUAAAGAUAUCCAUUGCUCUGUCGCUACUUCGCCUAAGCAGAGGAAGCUGGUACAACAGAAUCCUAUGGAUUCUAAUCGGUUUUACCUGCUUCUACACCCUCUUCUCCUUCAUCACCUUCCUCACCUACUGCAAUCCUAUUGCAGGGCAGUGGAACCCGUCGCUGCGACCAAAAUGUUACAGCAGGGUGAUAUACCGUAACUUUGGGUUGUUCAAUGCUGGUCAGUCGUUUCCACGCUUUACCAAACCGUGUAGUAUUUUGCUCAAGCUCUUGGUCUUUAGCAUGCAACAUCGUAACCGACAUUUCCUUUGCCACGCUGCCGAUACCCCUGAUAUGGAGUUUGCAGCUCCAGAGACGGCAAGAGCAAUGUUCAUCAUUGCGAUCCAACUCGACAUCGGCAUUAUCGCGGCGUGCGCCCCGACUCUCCGCCCUCUUCUCGGUCGCGCUCUCAGACUUUCCACCACUCUCGACCCCUACCGAGGAGCGAACUACUAUCGAGCAGGCAAAGCUCUGGACAGGCUUCCCAUUACCGGGAAUCCGGCAAGAAGAUACCUACGUCAGACCACCUUUUCGGGGCAGUUCGAAAUGACCAGAGGACAGAAACAGUGGGCUGCGGCGACUCAUAAAGACUCGGGCUUCUCAACCACCGCCAUCCAUGCCGAACACGUAGAGAUCAAAGGGGAAGCCAGCGGGGAGAGCAUCGAGGACGCCAUAUCACCGCUUAGCGACCCCGAGUUUAAAGGAAUCAUCAAAACAACAGAGGUCAAAGUCGAAAAGUGA